AUGACCGCCAUCUUCUAUGCUGCCUGUGGUGGCUUUGUCUGGUGUAGCUUUCUCUGGGCUGUUGGAAUUGUGGGCUGCUCAGCCGCUCGGAAACGAUACCGACUACGCCCCCGUUCUCCCCUCGCGACAGCACCAGCUUCAUCCGUUCCGGGUGUCUCCAUUCUUCGACCGUUGAAGGGUCUUGAUACGAACCUUUAUGAAAAUUUGGAAUCCACAUUCACCCAAGAAUAUCCCAACUUUGAGAUCCUGCUCUCUGUUGCAGACGAAAACGACCAAGCACUCCCUGUUGCCCGCGAGCUGAUUGCCAAGUACCCACAUGUCAACUGCAGAAUCAUUGUGGGCGAAGAAAUCGUCGGUGUCAACCCUAAAGUCAACAAUCUCGUCCGCUCAUACCGCGAAGCUGCCCACGACAUUCUCUGGGUCAUAGACUCGAAUGUUACGGUGCAUUCAGGUACCCUUGCACGCUCGGUAGAUGCCUUAUCUGGUUCUCCUAAUGCGAAGAAACGCAUCGCUCUUGUACACCAUGUGCCAUUCGCCGUCGUCACCGAAAACAAAAUCGGGUCGCGGAUCGAGGAAGCAUUUUUGAAUACCAACCACGCCAAGAUGUACAUCGCAAUCAACACUGUCGCCGUCGACUCAUGCGUUAUGGGCAAGUCCAAUGUCUACAGACGGUCCGAUCUUGAACGGGUGAAUGGCUCUCUAAAGCCUGUCCCCACUUCAGGUUCCCAGCCUGGCACCCGCGGGUUGCCCGCAUUCGCCCGCUUCCUAGCGGAGGACAACAUGAUUGCUGGCGCUUUGUGGCAUGAACUGGGUGACCGCCAUGACCUUUCAUGCGACAUUGCCCGUAAUGUCGUGGGAAACAUGUCUCUCUCAGACUACAUACGGCGUCGCGCGCGUUGGAUUCGUGUCCGAAAACAUAUGGUGCUAAGUGCGACUUUAUUGGAGCCAUUCACCGAAUCUGUCGUUCUUUCGUUAAUUCUGGCUUGGAGUCUCAACACACUCUUCGCAGUCCCCCCAUUACUAUCGCUUGCUGCUCAUUUUGCCAUCUGGAUUUAUGUCGACCUCGAUGUUUAUGCAUCACUCGCCGGCCAUCCUUUACCUGCUGGCCAGCGAUGGUCGUUCAUGGCGGCUUGGGCUGCCCGUGAGCUCCUCGCAUUGCCCAUAUUCUUGUUUGCAAUCUUUGGCAGCCAGGUCACGUGGAGGGGACGCAACUAUACCAUCCUGCGCAACGGCGAAGUCGAGCGGGCAGAGCAAACGCGCUCCUGGUUUCAACGACUAAGACAACCAAAAAAUUACGAUCCUCUCAGUACUGAAUUAUAA